AACUGGAGAACGUGAAUAGCCUCUAAACAGAAAAAAAGAACAAUCAAUCUAAACAGCGAACUGCAACACCAAACGCUCCCAAUUAUGCUACUUUGUGGAUCUGUUGAGUUGUUUCACACUGAAUGCUAUUUGUUUGGAGUUCUACUGCGAUUACAAGAGUGAAAUUCUCUGAAGAAUUCGAAAACCGCGAACUGUCAUCGGCUUUCAGAAACUACUUGGGAGGUUCAACACCGCGUCUCUACUGAAAAGUGUUUUCAAGACAUAGCCUUCAUGCAAGAUUCUGCAUGACCCUCAGAAGGUCUCCAUGGAUUUCUCUAUAGAGGAACACUGUUAAAAAGACCAGAGUGGAAAGGGCAUCAGCUGAUAUUGGAUUGUCAGAUUACCACAGUGGGUAGGCCUGGACAUGCCGGGAGGCGACAGCUACCCAGACGGGGAGGAGAACGCCUCGCCAUCUGCAGACUCUGGGGAGCAGAGCGGUCAAGCAGACCAGACGAGCGGUGAGCAGGGCACGGACGCCAGAGGAACAGGGUCAGGUUCAGGAGAGGAUGAAGAGGCAACUGAACAGCGAAGAGGGUCAGUUGGUCCUGAGGGUCUGGGCGGGUGUGAGGAGAGCGGCAGAGAGACCUCGGGCGGAGAGACAGGCCAUGAGGAUGUUGAGAUGAACAGCGGACACGAGUCCAGCAGCGGGAAUGACAGCAUGGGAGGUUCACAACGUCAGUCCUCCUCAGCCAAUCACAGCCCCAGCAGUACCACAGGCUCUGGUAGCUCCAAAAGCGACCAGACAGACCAGGGCCGUGACCAGGCCCACAGGGAGAUGAUGCAGACUGUGCAGGAGAUGAAGAAGAGGCUUCCUUCAGAGAAGAGGAGCCGCAGCAAACCCAGCACUGUAGAGGCUCUCAACUAUGCCCUCAAUUGCGUCAAACAAGUACAAGCUAAUAGCGAGUACUACAAGCUCCUGAUGAGCAACGGUGUAGAGGAGAGGAGAGAUGCCACUGUCUGUACGCUGGAAGAACUGGAGAGUAUCACCUCAGAGCACACCCUCAAAAACACAGACACAUUUGUAGUGGUGUUUUCUUUGGUCACGGGCAGAAUCGUGUAUGCGUCAGAGCAGGCCUCCAGCAUUCUCAACUGCAAACGCAAAUUCCUGGACUCAGUCAAAUUUGUAGAGCUGCUCUACCACCAGGAUGUUAAUGUGUUCUAUUCACAUACAGCACAGCCUCACCUGCCUCCCUGGAAUGUAGGCUCCAACAGUGCUGCACUCCUAUUUAAAUGUGCCCAGGUCAAAUCUUUCUUCUGCAGAAUUAGGGGUGGUAAGGACCGUGAUGGGGAGAUGCGGUACAACCCCUUCCGUAUUACACCCUACUUACUGAAGGUCCAGGGUGUAAGGGGAGAGGAGGAGCAGCCCUGCUGCCUGGCGCUCGCUGAACGCAUCAUCUCAGGAUAUGAGGCCCCACGCAUUCCCAUGGACAAGCGCAUCUUUACCACUACUCACUCCCCGGGCUGUGUUUUCUUAGAAGUGGAUGACCGUGCUGUGCCUUUGCUUGGCUACCUCCCUCAGGAUCUGAUAGGCACUUCGCUGUUGACCUGCUUGCAUCCAGAGGACCACACACUCAUGCUUGCCAUGCAUCGCAAAAUUUUGAAGUAUGCAGGCCAGCCUCCCUUUGAACACUCUCCCAUCCGUUUUCGCUGUCAGAACGGAGACUACAUCACCUUGGACACCAGCUGGUCCAGCUUCAUCAACCCCUGGAGCCGCAAGGUGGCCUUCAUCAUAGGGAGACACAAAGUCCGCACUGGGCCUCUGAAUGAGGAUGUGUUUGCUGCAGGGAGCAAAUCCGAUAUGCCUGUGAUGCAUGAGGACAUUAAAGAGCUGCAGGCCAUGAUCUACAAGCUCUUUUUGCAGCCGGUCCACAACAAUGGCUCUAGUGGAUAUGGCAGCCUUGGUAGCAACGGCUCCCACGAGCACCACAUCAGCGUGGCCUCGUCGAGUGACAGCAAUGGCAACCUGUGGGAAGACUCACACCGAGAGCCAAUGACAUUGCAGCAGAUAUGUGCUGAUGUAAAUAGAGUGAAGAGUUGGCGCCCAACCUUCGACUUCCGAAAAAAGCACAACCCCAUUGGCAAAACCACUACAGAGGCUAGAGCUGCUCUUUCUCAAACCGCCCAGAAUGUGGAGGUCAGAGGUCACCUCCAGCAGUCUCAGGCAGAAUCCAGGAAGCAGCCACACAUUCCAUCCUACCAACAGAUUAACUGUGUUGACAUCAUCAUUAGGUACCUAGAGAGCUGCACAGGGCCAGCUCUGAAGCGGAAGAGUGAGUCCCUGUCUGUCACUACCUCCUCUUCCUCUUCAACAUCCGAAGAGGAUAAGACCCCUUUGGCCACACAUGAAGACAUGACCAACGCAGUUGAAGCGACACUGGAGGCUAGCAGAGCUCUGGACAGUCAAGUGUCUGCAGGAUCAGGUGUGACAGUGGCCCACACAACUGCUGCAGUGGUGGGUGCUCCUCUGACCGACAUCACCCUGUCCACCAAAGCCAUGAGCGUGGUGUCUGUCACCAGCCAGUGCAGUUACAGCAGCACCAUCGUUCACGUGCCACAGCCUGAGUCUGAGGCCACUGCUUUAGAGGAUGCUCCUAUGGGUAGCGAACCAGCUGACCCGACUCCGGCGCCGGGCCGGCCUGCACCGAGCUCAGCUGCUGCGCCCGAGGAGUUCCGCAUGGUUGGACUCACUAAAGAGGUUCUGUCAGCCCAUACCCAGAAAGAGGAGCAGGAGUAUGUGGACCGCUUCCGUCAUCGCAUCCUUCAAAGUCCCUACAGCUCCUACCUGCAGCAGGACAACAGCAGCAUGGCCCACUCUCACCACAGAGGUGAUUAUGUCAUGAGGCCAUUAAGUGCAGGCGGGCGGAACAAGUCCAGGAGAGGGAAACACAAACGAUCCAAACAGCAAGGCUCAUCUGAUAGCUACGGCUCCCAACCUGGAAACUUCCGGACUCUGCGCCACUCCCCUGUCGUCCCCAACUCCUCGUGGCCCUCGUCCGAAUGCUCCCAGCCCCAGCCCUCCAACAUGGGCUUCAUGCCAACUAUGGUCAUGCCGACACCCUACUUUACCAUGAUGGGUCAAAUGAGCUCGGAGCAGCAGACGGGAGUAUCCGUGGACCUGCAGACUGGACAGCCCAUGCCGGCCAUGCAAACCGUCCCACAGAUGCAGCUACUGCAGCAGAUUCAGCCUGCGCAGGGCAUGAACCCUUACAUGGCUCCCAUCAUGGCUGUGAUACUGCCCAACUACCCCACGUUUCCAGCCAACUACGCAAUGUACCCCCAAAGCAUGAGUGCCACUGGUCCAGUCCCUGUGCUUAUCCCCCAGGAUCCCUUCAACGCGGGGGGAUACAACCCUGCCCCCUUCCCCACGGGUCAGGAUCAGCCCCAGCAGGGUGUGGUGGGCAUGCCCCAGGGACCUAACCUUUUUGGUUCUCCAAAGGUCUCCUCAUGGUUGGGUGAGGAUCUGGAUGCAGCACAGCCCCCAGCUCUUUUCUCCAGCUCUCGAUCCAGUUCACCGCUUCAGCUCAACCUACUGCAGGAAGAGCUUCCCAAACCAGCUGAGCCACAGAACAGCACCGGUCGCCCAGAGAGCCUGCAUGAGCAACACGCCAAGGGGGAGGACGCUCCAAGCGAGUCUGGGAAUCAGGACGCCCAGUCCACCUCCAGUGAGCUGCUGGACCUGCUCCUCCAUGAGGAUGCUCGCUCUGGCACUGGAUCCAAUGCCUCUGGGAGUGGUUCAGGAGAGUCUGGUGGGUCUCUGGGCUCUGGAUCUGGCUUGGGCUCUAACGGGACAUCCACCAGCCACACUGGAAGCAGCAACAGCAGCAAGUACUUUGCCAGCAAUGACUCAUCAGACACAUCGCGCAAGGCUCGCAAGAGCCAGGAGACGCAUGAACAUGACACUUUUGACAAGUGCGUGGAGGAUACGCUGUGGACCAUGAUCCAGCACACUCCUGAGCCUGUCAUGAUGACCUAUCAGAUCCAUCCCAGGGACCAGGCACAAGUUUUAAAGGAGGACCGUGAGAAGCUGCUGCUACUACAACCCAUGCAGCCGUGGUUUACUCAGGAGCAGAAAGAGGAGCUGGCGGAGGUUCACCCCUGGAUCCAACAACACAGCAUCCCACAGGAGAUAGACACACAGGGAUGUGUCACCUGUCACGUCUCCACCAUGGAAUCGGGAGAAGCACCGCCCCACUCUCCGAAACCACCCACUCCGGACAGCUCCUCCACCCAGGACCAGCCAUCACAGGACACUAGUCAGGCCUCUGAUUCCUGACCCAUGCCACUCAAAUGAACCACUCCAGUCGCUGGCUAACACAAACCUCAGAGACUGCCAGCUUGGACCUUUCAUUGGGUCAGAGAAUCGCCCUUCCCCCUCUCUCUAACCUUUUUGCUCUGGUAAAGAAGGAGUCGGGUGACUGGGAUUAUGUUUGAGUCAGUGCACCACUAUAUCUCAUGGUGUUCCUUCAGACAGUACAUGGAGGCGCCAUCUCAAAACUGGGACCGUUAGACAUUGGAUGUUCUACAGCAUCCCAUCUCAGAGUGCAGCAUAGGAACAAGGCCAGUUUUACAUGCACAACCACACUUGGGAGAAAAGACCAGAAACAACUUGAAACAGUCCUAUCUUUCAUCUGUUUCUUUUCUCUACUGCCAUUUCUUUCCAAAAACAUGGACCCAUACAACUGUGAAUCUUUUCUCCUUUGGCAGAAAAGUUAUGUAUUUAUAUGUAUACACUGGAAUUCCCUUUUUUUUCCAAUGUUUAUUUUUGUAAACUCUUUGGUCUGUCACUUGGUAUCAGUUUUUCUGUCAGCCCAUUCACGGGUUUUGUUUUCCAGUAUUUUUAAAGGUUUGGUUGUCUUGUUAUGGCUUUGACUCUCUUGUAUGUAUGUUUGAGAUCAAACAUGGAAGCCACUGGUGAAUGGUGAUUGGUGUGUCCUGUUCAGUCAUUCUGAUAAGUGUGCAAGCAUUUCUGAAUGUCCUAGUGAUGCUUGUGGGGACUGUGCAAACUUCAUCCAGCUUCAUCCUGUAUGCACACAGCACAAAACACGCAUUCACCAACGAGACCUUGAAAGUUCGUCCAAAUGUAGAUGAACAGCUUUUCAGUCUCUCCAGUUGUGUUUGGGCUGUGAAAGAGAGUGGACAGGAAAAGUAAAGAUAUCCUUUUGCUGCUUUGAUGUAUAUACAUGUUAAUAUUCUCAAUGUUUCACCUCAAACCCAAAGACUGUUUUUCUUUUUUUUUGUUUUUUUAACCUUUUGACGAACAAGCUCAGAAAAGACUGAGCUUCCUGGAGCUCCUUGUGAGCUUACAGUUGUGGUGUUGUAUGAUGUCAUCCGUCUGAUCAAGAGGACCCAUGUAUGGAAUUCUGCCCAAGGAUCAAGCAAGCGAGGCCUUAUGUUACUGUGCUCAAUCUGGUUUUAAUUCCUGUUGGCUAAUGCAUCUACAUCUGUCUUUUCUAAAUGACUUUGUGAAGUUCAACAGCUUUCUGCAGGAGGAUAAACCCGUAGUGAAUACAGGUGCUCAGUUUUCACUUAUAUCCAUGGUUUCAGGAGGAGUUUUGAAGUGAACAAACACGAAUUACAGUCCAUCAAAAGAAGACUUGGAAAAAGAGUCACGAUGUUGGUUUGGUUUCAGUUUGUCUCCUGAGGAGUUAUUUUCUGAAUGUUUGUGUCUUUUAACACAACUCGCUUUGUAACCGCAGGAUAACAUGAUGUUUAUGGAACCUAAUCCUAGUCUUCUUUUUAUUAUUUAUUAAAAUGUUCUGCCAAAAGGCACCCAUAUUGCUCACUUGAAAGAUUUGUCAUGUGUCUGUUGUCUGUGGAUAGCCCUCUGUUUGUCACUUGUAGAGUUAAUAUUUUCUUAUUGUCAUUAUGACAAGGCAUCACAGGCCUUGAGAUGUGUGAGAGGGGCCAGUGUCUUGAAGAAUGCAAAUAAUCAUUGCCGCUAAAGUGUAAACUGCUGUUUUAUAGUUUUGUGACCGGAGACUUAAAGGUUUUGUACAGUUUUUUGAAGAGGAAAAAAAUGUAUAUUACAAUGUAUUUUACAAAGAGAGAUGUGUGCAUUCAGAAAAAAAAACCACACAGACUCCACUAACUGUAUGAAAAAAAAAAAGCCAUUUUGUCUUGAAUUCAGGGAAGUAUUUUGUCACACUAUGAAAAUAAUUAAAUAAAAAGACCACAAUGUCUUGAAAUGUCACUAA